AUGUCACCUACCUCCCCCGCCGGCAAGCGCAAGCGCAGCGCUUCACACCUUCCUGUGCCCCAGCCGGCCACUAAUGAGCUCCAACCCUCUUCACGCGACGCGUCCGGCGAAGAUGGCGAGGACUCAACCGGUCCUUCCAAUGCCACCCCCAACAAAUCUAGCAAGAAGCAGGAUGCUCCGACAUCUUCUCACAAACGCGCCCGCAAGAACUCUGGAGAUACUUCUCACCCGACUACUAAUGGUGUCGCUGAGCCCCGGACUCACGAGGAUCCCGGCGAGCCCUCCGAGACUACUGUUGCUUCUUCCGAUAUUGAGAAUACACCUAGGAAUCGGCCCGGUCUACACAUCGAUUUGCCCACUGAUCAGGAUCAGGAACAAGACUCGAUGCCACCACCGCAGCGUGGUGUCUUGCAGGAUCCUGUUGGUUACAAGACUAACCCACCUCCGGUGGGACGUCCUGUCCGUGUCUAUGCUGAUGGUGUCUUUGAUCUGUUUCACCUUGGUCACAUGAGACAGCUCGAACAAGCUAAGAAUGCUUUCCCCGAUACCUACCUUAUUGUUGGAGUCACUGGUAAUGAGGAGACCCACCUUCGCAAGGGUCUGACUGUUUUGAGUGGUGCUGAGCGAGCUGAGACUCUGCGUCACUGCAAGUGGGUUGAUGAGGUUAUUCCCAACUGCCCAUGGGUUGUCACUCCCGAUUUCCUGUCCGAGCACCAGAUCGAUUACGUCGCCCACGACGACUUGCCUUACGAGGCUGCAGAGGGUGACGAUAUCUACGAACCCAUCAAGGCCCAGGGCAAGUUCCUGGUCACUCAGAGAACAGAGGGUGUCAGCACCACAGGCAUCAUUACUCGAAUUGUUCGUGAUUACGACCAAUAUAUCUCUCGCCAGUUCAAGCGUGGCGCAUCCCGUCAAGAACUUAACGUGUCGUGGCUGAAGAAGAACGAGCUGGAGAUCAAGCGCCACGUGGUUGAACUUCGUGACAACAUCAAAAACAACUGGACCAUGACUGGCCAGGAACUCGGUCGGGAACUGCGACAGAUCUGGCAAAAUAGCCGGCCAGGUAGCCCCGCGCCUAGUAACCGCAACAGUGUGGACUAUGGCAGUGCCCGUGGUCCUCUGGCUAGCCCCACUGGUGGGAGCAAGUCGCACUUGUCUCGUGUUGAGGCUUUGAACCGUCCUGAUAGCCCCAUGGGUGGUGCUCGCAACGAGGAUUUCGCAACUGGAUACAGUCUGGGACUGAUUGGAGGUGUACGAGCAUGGAUGAUGCGCAGUCGUCAAUCUCUCCAUGAGCUUCCUAGUAAUAUGCACUCACCAUCAGAGGAAGAGGAACCUGAUUCUGAGCGGGUCCAAGCCUACGAAGAGGAGCUCCGUGGUCGUGUCUCAGCGUAG